AUGUUAAAAAGACUACCAAAUCAUACUAAUUACCAAAAGAUACUUGAUUGUUUCACUGUUGCCGAUGCUAUUAAGAACACGGCUAUAGAAGCCAAGAAAACUUUAAAUGCUCAACCCAAAGUUAGUGUAAUCUUACCGACAAAUUCUGCAGGGAAAGCGAGAAUAGAUAGUGCUAAUUACGUAGCUAAAAAGCGUAAAAUUUUUGAACAACUUAAUAUUCCUAUGCAAUUAAUUAAAAUUUCACCACAAUAUAAUGAAACACAAAUUAAAGAGCUCAUUAAAGAAUUAGGUAAUGAUCAUAACAAUACUGGUAUAAUUUUACAAUUACCAUUUCCACUUGGUUUCUCAGUAAAUCAAAAUAAUCUUUUAAAUACAAUUCCUACUCAUAAAGACAUUGAUGGGUUAACUACGGGUUCAAUGGGUAAUUUAUUUGAUUUGGAAAAAGGCCUAAAACCUGCUACACCACUUGGUAUUUGUAGUAUUUUCGACUAUUAUAACAUUUCAACAGAGGGUAAGCAUAUUGUAAUUAUGGGUAAAGGUCAGCUUGUAGGACGACCACUUGCUUGUAUGUUAAUGAAUCAUCCCGCUUCAUGUUCCGAUGAUUUCGUUAAACCUGGUGCUAUUGUAAUUGAUGCAGGUAUUAAUAGAAUACCAUCAAACUUUAUUAAUGGAAAUUCAAAAAUUGUAGGUGAUGUAGAUCAUUCAACAUAUGAAAUAUGUAAACAUUAUACUCCAGUGCCAUCAGGAGUUGGUUUGCUUACAGUUUCUUCAUUGGCUUUUAAUGCUGUUAAUGCAAGCAUUUUACAAAGUGGAUUACCACCUUUGAAUCUAUCUCAGAUAAUAAGACAAAAAUAUUCUAAUGAAAAGGUUGAAAAAAUUAGUAUAGCUAGUAGUAAAAAAUAUUCUGAUAAAGCAAUUGAAAAAAGUAAGAAAAAAUUAAACUUUUUAUUGCUUUCUUCUGCUUAUAAUGAUGAUGCAAUGCGUUCUGCUUUUGCGCAGCACAAACCUGAUUUAAUUAUUUGUCCAACGCUUAUGAAAGCCAUACCUGAGGAUAUCUAUACUAAAGUAAAGUGUCUUAUGGUUCAUCCUGGAAUUAAGGGUGAUAGAGGUCCUUCUUCAUUAGAUUGGGCUAUUAUUAAUAAAAAAGAUGAGGCUGAUAAGGAAAUGGACGCAGGACCCAUUUGGGCAAGUGAAAAUUUUUUCGUUCCAAAAAUUAUUACUAAAACUCAUUUGUAUAAUUCCCAUGUUAUUAAUACUGCAGCGAGGCUGGUACUUGAAUGCAUUAAAAAGUUUCAGUUGAAUGAUUUUAAACCUGAGUUAUUAAAUUAUUCUAAUGCUUCAGUGAAAGGUAAACUUCAUGAAACUAUUAGACAAUCACAUUCUCUUAGACAAAUAAAUUGGGAAAUGGAUACUACAGAAUUUAUUUUAAGAAAAAUACGUGCAGCUGAUAGUCAGCCUGGAGUUAAAGCUGAGAUUGAUCUUAAUGCUUGUCCUGGAAAGAUUCUCGCUAAACGAGAUGAUGCCAUUUGUAUUGCAACUAAAGAUGGUGCACUUUGGGUCACUCAAUUACGUUCUCUCAAGACUCAGGCCAAACCUUAUCCAUUUAAGUUACCUGCUACCAUACAAUUAGGUGAAUUAUCAGAAAACAUCCCUACGAUUAAUCCCGAACAACAAAUGCUUACUACACCAACUCUUGAUACCUUUCAAGAGAUAAGUUUUGAAUCAUUUGGUUCUUAUGGUGUCUUACAUUUUAAUUUUUAUAAUGGGGCUAUGAGUACAUCACAAUGUGAAAGACUUUUAAAGGCAAUUAAACUUUGCCAAAAGAUGCCUAUUAAAGGGUUAAUCCUUGCAGGUAGUGCAAAUAAUUGGUCGAAUGGUAUUAACCUGAACGUUAUUCAAAAUGCCGUUGAUCCAAGCAUAGAGGGAUGGAAAAAUAUUAAAGCAAUAAACGAAGUGGUUAAAGAAAUAAUUAACCUUACUAAAAUUAUAACGGUAGCAGCAAUACAAGCUAAUGCUGGUGCAGGAGGUGUUUAUUUAGGACUUGCGACUGAUUUUUCAUUUGCUAAAUCAGGGGUUGUUUUAAAUCCCCAUUAUAAGAAUAUGGGUCUAUAUGGCUCAGAAUUACAUACUUAUACGGCAUCUAAACGCAUAGACACGUUUAUAUUAAAACAACUUAAAGAAAAUCCCAAACCAAUACUUGCCGUUGAAGCAAUUGAAAUUGGUCUACUUGAUAAUUUAACACAGCAAGAGCUAAGUUUUUUGGAUGACGUUAAGAGAUUCAUGAACACUAUCAUGGCUGAUACUGCAAAAGUUGAGAAAUUUAUCGAAAACAAAGAAACAAUUCGUAUGAGUGAUGAAUCAGCAAAGUCGUUGGACGAAUAUGAAAAACAUGAAUUAGAAGAGAUGUAUAAAGACAUGUUUAAAAAUCGCAAUAACUUUCAUGAAAAGAGGUGGGCAUUCGUUACCAAAUCCCCUUUAACAUUAACUAAUAGACAAAUAAAUCCAUAA